GGGCGACGCGUGCCCGUGGUGAUGCGUAGAGUGCGUCACGCUGACGACCGGCGAAGGGCACCGAUCUGUGGGCCGGGAGGACGACCGCCCUCUGUGAGCCGCAGCCUUUCCAAGGGAGCGGUUGGGUGUUCGCCAUCUUAGGGAGAAGAUGUACUCGUCCGUGGCGCACCUGGCGCGGGCAAACCCCUUCAACGCGCCGCAUCUGCAGCUGGUGCACGAUGGCCUCGGGAUCACAGCUCCGCCCCGACGCUCUCGGAACCUGGCAGCCGCCGCUGUUGAAGAGUACAGUUGUGAAUUUGGCUCGGCGAAGUAUUAUGCACUGUGUGGCUUUGGUGGGGUCUUAAGUUGUGGUCUGACACACACUGCUGUCGUUCCCCUGGAUUUAGUGAAAUGCCGUAUGCAGGUGGACCCCCAGAAGUACAAGGGCAUAUUUAACGGAUUCUCGGUUACACUUAAAGAGGAUGGUUUUCGUGGUUUGGCUAAAGGAUGGGCUCCAACUUUCAUUGGCUACUCCAUGCAAGGACUCUGCAAGUUUGGCUUUUAUGAAGUAUUUAAAGUCUUAUAUAGCAACAUGCUUGGAGAGGAGAACACCUAUCUGUGGCGCACAUCACUAUAUUUGGCUGCCUCUGCCAGUGCUGAAUUCUUUGCCGACAUUGCCCUGGCUCCUAUGGAAGCUGCUAAGGUUCGAAUUCAAACCCAACCAGGUUAUGCCAACACAUUGAGAGAUGCAGUACCCAAGAUGUAUAAGGAAGAAGGCCUAAAAGCAUUCUACAAGGGAGUUGCUCCUCUGUGGAUGAGACAGAUACCAUACACCAUGAUGAAGUUCGCCUGCUUUGAACGUACCGUUGAAGCAUUGUACAAGUUUGUGGUUCCUAAGCCCCGCAGUGAAUGUACAAAGCCAGAGCAGCUGGUUGUAACAUUUGUGGCAGGUUACAUAGCUGGAGUCUUUUGUGCAAUUGUUUCUCACCCUGCUGAUUCUGUGGUGUCUGUGUUGAAUAAAGAGAAAGGUAGCAGUGCUUCUCAGGUCCUCCAGAGACUUGGAUUUAAAGGUGUAUGGAAGGGACUCUUUGCCCGUAUCAUCAUGAUUGGCACUCUGACUGCACUACAGUGGUUCAUCUAUGACUCUGUGAAGGUCUACUUCAGGCUUCCUCGCCCCCCUCCACCGGAGAUGCCAGAGUCUCUGAAGAAGAAGCUCGGGUUAACUCAGUAAAUAGAUCAAAGCAAAUAUGGACUGAAUCUGCUUGCUGAUCAGUGUCAAAGUACAAAAGGAACUUUUAUAUAUUUGACAGUGUAGGAAGUUGUCUAUUCCUGAUGUAAUUACGUAGUGCUCUUGUGUAAGGCAAGAGUUUCAAAUUUGCUGUUGAAAUAAACCCAACUAUUCAUGA